UAGUUUGACUUUCAAGGUGUUUAAACUUCACACUGUGAUAACCCUAGCCGCCACUCUUUGCUCUCCACUCUCCCAUCUCUCUACGACUUCGAUUUUCCCCUUCCCUCCUAAGUCCCAACCCUAGCCGUCACUCUCCACUCACCCCUCUCCCGUUUGCCACCUCGAUUGUGCGUGUGCGUGACUGCGUCUGCGAACUGCGAUGCGUCUCUCAAUCUCGCGAGUCUGAGUCCGUGUCUCCAUUACAUGGUGUGCGUGACUGCGUCUGCGAAGCUUUCUGUUCUCCUUCAGUUAAGCGACGAGCAGUGGAGCUAAACACGACGUCUGAGUCUCUGUCUCAUACCUCUCAAUCUCUCUCAGUUCGACGGCAGUCUAGUUGUCGUGUCGCGUUUGUGCUCCUUCUAGGUCCCAGUUCGACGAAGUACUCCUUCUCAGUUCGAGCCUGUGAUUGUGAUUGUGUCUCUCUCGCUCUCUCAAUUUAUUCUUAACCAACUAUGGGGAAAAAAAGGAAGCACAGCGAGACUGAGGUGGCGGCACCCUCAAAAAAGGAUGAUGUUGCACCAGAAAGAGCAAAGCGGACUCUCUUUGGUUGGAAGGAUAAGAGCGAAGUAAAGGAUGAAGUGGGGGAUGCUGACUCAUCCAGAUUUAGGAACAAAGAAAAGGUUCUGGUUACUUGCUCACGACGCAUCAGCUAUAGGUACCGGCAUUUAAUGUUGAAUUUGGUUUCGCUUUUGCCUCAUUGUAAGAAGGAUAACAAGGUUGAAUCUAAGGAUACCAAAGGUGCCACCCUGAAUGAGCUUGUUGAGCUUAAAAACUGCUCUUCCAGUUUAUUCUUUGAGUGCAGGAAGCAAAAAGAUCUUUAUCUCUGGAUGGCAAAAUGCCCUAACGGGCCAUCUGUGAAAUUUUUAGUUAGUGCUGUGCACACAAUGGAGGAAUUGAAGCUAACUGGAAAUCAUCUAAAAGGUUCCCGCCCACUUUUGACAUUUUCAGCAAAUUUUGAAAAAGAUGCGCAUUGGAAACUUUUAAAAGAGAUGUUAUUGCAGAUAUUUGGAACACCAAAGGACCAUCAUAAAAUAAAGCCUUUCUAUGAUCACGUUUUUGUUUUCUCCAUAGUUGAUGAUCAUAUAUGGUUCAGGAAUUACCAGAUCUCUGUUCCUCAUAAUGAAUCAGACAAAAUACCUCGAGGAGGCCUUGAGAAAAUGACACUGGUUGAGGUUGGUCCAAGGUUCUGCUUAAACCCAAUUAAAAUAUUUGGUGGCAGUUUUGGUGGCCCAACUCUUUAUGAAAACCCAUUUUACGUUUCACCAAAUCAGAUUCGAGCCUUGGAGAAAAAGAAGAAGGCUGGAAAGUAUGCAAAGAAGGUCAAAGCGAAGACAAGGAGGAAAAUGCAUGAGAUGUCUAAUUCUUUGGAGCCUGAUGAAUUUGCGGACAUGUGGAAAGAUUAAUUUUCCCUAUUUUUGUUAUAUUCGUGACAAUUAUACGGAUUUUUCAUAGAUACCAUUUCACUCUUCAGCAUGAAAUGGUAGUUUUGUUGAGCUGCCUAUUCUUUUAAAGAAGCUUUUGAUGUUGUGAAUCGCUUUACAUGUUAGGUUUUAUUGAGAUAGGUUGUAGUUUUGUACCAUCAAUAUCUUACUUGCUUUAGCUCA